GCGGCCGUGCGUGCAGGACAGACCUCGUCUUCUUCUUCUCCACUUCUUGAGUCCUCCGUCACGAGGAAAAAAUAGUAUCCACGUCGUGCCGCGGUUCAGACGCACGGGGGACUUUUUUUCGAUGAGAGGCUGUGCACUCCGUGUACCCGGCCAUAGGAACUUUUACAGUGCGUGCCCGGUCACUUAUCUGAAGUCUGAAGUGUCGGUGUUUCUCGGGCUUCUUGGUUUGGAUGUGGUGUGUGCUUGAGUCUGUGCCUGUUGUUGGGAUUAUUUCCGCAGUUGGUUCUUUUUUUGGAUAGAUAGCGGUUCGUUUAUGGUGCCACACGGGGUCCAGAUGCUGAAGAAAUGAUGGACAAGCAGCUACCAAAGAAGUAUUCUUUGUGUUUCAACGAUGGCAACCAUUGCAUGGGGGAGAGAUGUAGGGUCAAAAAUAUCACCUAAGAGUGCCAAACAAACAUGAAACCAAUUACAUUCGAAAACCUCCGUCGAUUAAUGGGCGGAGGUCGAAAAAAGAAAGAGAAAGAAUCGUCGUUCAAAAGAAGCGAUUCAUUCAAACGGAUAUCAAUCAGAAAGAGCUACUUGGACCGUGGCAAAAAGAAACAUGUUUCGAAAUUAGAAGUGGCCACUCAAACGGUCACAGAAGAAGAAGAAAUACUAACAGGGACGAAAAAAGUCGAUUCGUCCGUGCAAGUCGACAAGGAGGAUUUUUGUCCGACAACCGUCGAUUUUACCAAAAACGAAAUCAGGUGCAAUAACAAGUACAAAGUGGAAACGUCCAAAAGUGGACCGGGGCAGAGUGUGAUAGCAUACGGACAGUGGUUGAGAGGCAUCCGCAAAGAAGACCUACCUACUUCUAGUGGUAUCAAGGGCUCGGAGCGAACUAUAAUCUAUGUACCUGCUUCAGAUGAAACGGCUCCGGCCACAGUCAUCCGACAGUUGUCUUCAUCGCCCGUACUCAGGAAGAAGUCACCAGGGACGAAGAAGAAUCCAAAACCCGCCAGUCCCAGUUUGCAGAGGAAAGAGAGCAAUGAUUCCGCUGUCGAAAUGUUUCCUUGGGGAGACAGCACGGAGGUGAAGAAGUCUCCUCUGAUUCGAAGGCGAUCCAGACAGUCUCCUAUUCCUUUGAUGCCAGACUCUGGCACAGAAGAGCUGUGCUCUUUGUCCAUCAGCUUAGGCAGGAUAUGGAUGGACGCGCCUCCCGGAAUGGCUCCAAGGAGUUUGGAGCUGCCUAAAUCCUCAGCAGUACCACAGCCGGCACACCAUUCGUUGGAUAGUGCGCUCAAAGACUUGCGCGAUGACCCCAUAGUUAUAAAUCGGUUACAGAAAAGGCCUACUCCUCCCGUAGGCCGGACUUUGUCUUCGACUAGCAAUACGACGGCUUCUACCGGUUUGUUUUCUAGUAAAGACUCGGGUUUUUCUUUUUCCAUUUCGGCUCCCAAACUCAGUGAUUUUCACGCAAAUUUUGCUCCCUCCUCUUCCAGAGGUUUCUUUAGGAAAAAGAAGCCCAAACCAAAGUUAUCAGUGAGCAGAGACGGGUACUUCAAAAGGACUAGUGGCGCUUUAUCAACGGAAACGAAUCGGAGUUCUUUGAAGAGGAAGAGCAGUAGGAAAAAGAAAGGGAAAAGGAAGAGUCAGAAGAAGAGCGGUACUGCGAAGAGCGACUUGUAUCAAGUGGUUGUGAGCAGGCCGACCAGGUGUUUGCGCACCCUCAAACUAGACCCCAUGAUUUUCGUGCCCCCAGAGAAACGGAAACCCUGCGUCGAUCGUAAACCCUCCUUCAAGGCUGGCUUGACCGAGAUUCGGAGUUUCAAUGCCUUGGAUAGCUCGAUGUACACGACCAGGAGCAUGGAGAGUACGGACGAAGGUCUGUACGAAAGCCUGGAUUACCUCUCCGAUGAGCAGCCGCUGAGCGGUCGCUUGUCCAGGAUCAGUCUCGGCGAGGACGAGUACGACUAUUUCACGUGUGUGACUCCCGUUUCUGAGGAAUCGGUCGCGAGUGCAGCGGAUAGUGAUAACGGCAGUUCUGAGUGCGCUAGUCCGUACGUUCCUGUGGGAGUCUCGCCAGUGCCUAAAAGGAAGCCCGUGAGGCAGAAGAGGACAGGACUGUCUCACAAAAGGAGCAUCACUUAUGUCGUUAAGCCGACGGUCAUCAGAGCGCCUUCGACUCUGCGCAGAACACCGAAGAAAGGUGAUAUCACACAAAAAGGAUAUGAGAAGAAGAGGACAAGACUUCUUUCCCCCUACGUGCCUAAACAAAACUCCAAUGUGGGUGAGGGCCGCCUGCAGCCACAGCAGCAGCCGCAGCCGCUGCAGCAGGCGCGGGAGGAGGGUAAGACCGGCGCCGGCGGACCGGCGGCGCGCGCCGUGCGCCGCGGCAACCGGCGGCUCACGCGCAACGAGAGCCGGUACCACUCAGAAGUUCGACAAGAGGCCGUUCAACAGGCCCUGGCACAAGCCAUGCAAAACAGACACAAACCGUCGAUGCCUAUGCCGUCCAAGAGAACGUCAGUGAUGGCCAGAAGUCCGGACAGGGAAAGACACGAUUCAGAAUCCUCCUCGGACGAGGACAGCAUAGCCAACGAGGAGCCUGUGGAGGGCACGCCCGAGCGCGAGAAGUCCAAGGACCGGAUAACGCCGCAGCUGUUUCCGCCGCCGCCGCUGUCGGAUACCAGCAGCACCGGCUCGCCGCCGCCGCCGCUGCACCACCGGCCGCGGCUCGCGCAGCCGCACCCCUGGGAGGACAAGCGGCGGCAGGACGUCACGGACAUCAGCGACGUGCUGCAGAACUUUCGGCCAUAUUCCCAACCACCCGACGUGACGCACACGAGCAGCCAAGAAGCGCGACGGACGAACGCCGACCGGCUCAACCGGUACGCGUCCUCCACCUCGGAGGAGACCGUCGGAGGCACCGGUACCGGCACCGGCCGUUGGAAGGUCUCCACCAAGAUCCAGCAGCUGCUCAACACGCUGAAGCGGCCCAAACGGCGGCCGCUGCCCGAGUUCUACGAGGACGACGACAUCGAGCUGGAGAUCGCUGCCAAUCCGAAGGACCCGAACGCGCCCAAGCCGGAAGGAAGUUGUAUGAGUCCUGCUGUUGGCGAUCAACUUGUGAUACCUUCAGGUUUACCUAGAAGUUUAGAAGCAGCUAUCACCAGAUAUGGAAACGCAACAUACAAAGCACCUGUAGCGACUGUUCUAGAUCCUAAUGGAAAACUGUCUAUUACAUUAACAUAUGGUAAACUCCUCAGUCGCUCGCACAAGAUAGCGUACGCCCUCCUGACGAAAUCGUUCGGCAAGAACGUGGACACCAGCCUGAAGAGCGGCGAUCGCGUCGCUCUCGUCUACCCCAACAACGACCCCAUCAACUUCCUGUGCGCCCUCUACGGAUGUCUGCAGGCGGGCGUCGUGCCAGUGCCUAUUGAGGUGCCGAUCACCCGACGGGACGCCGGCUCGCUGCAGAUCGGCUUCCUGCUGGGCAGCUGCGCCGUGCAGGUGGCGCUGACGUCGGAGGCGUGCCUGAAGGGGCUGCCCAAGACGCCGUCCGGGGAGGUGGCGCAGUUCAAGGGCUGGCCGAAGCUGACGUGGUUCGUGACCGAGCACCUGGCCAGGACGCCGAAGGACUGGUCGCCGACGCCCAGACUAUCCGAUGAAACGCCCGCCUACAUCGAAUACAGCACCGACCGAGACGGCUCCGUGAUGGGCGUCACCAUCACCCGGCACGCCAUGCUGCAGCACUGUCGCACCCUCACGGCAGCCUGCAACUACACCGAAGGCGAGACGAUGGUGUGCGUGCUAGACUUCAAGCGCGAAGUGGGCCUGUGGCACGCAGCCCUCACCAGCGUGCUCAACGGCAUGCACGCAGUCUACAUCCCGUACGCGCUCAUGAAGGUCAACCCGGCCAGCUGGAUGCAGAUGAUCACGAAGCACCGCGCGUGCGUGGCGGUGGUCAAGUCGAGGGACUUGCAUUGGGGCCUGCUGGCCACUAAAGAUCACAAGGACGUGAACUUGGGCUCGCUGCGCAUGCUGCUGGUGGCGGACGGCGCGAACCCGUGGUCGCUGAGCUCCUGCGACCAGUUCCUGUCGGUGUUCCAGGCGAAAGGGCUGCGCGCCGACGCGAUCUGUCCGUGCGCCAGCUCCAGCGAGGUGCUGACGGUGUCCUGCAGGCGGCCGGGCAGGGGUGGCGUCAACGCCACGGGCAGGGGGGUGCUGUCCAUGCAGGGCCUGAGCUACGGGGUGGUGCGCGUGGACCAGGAGAACAGUCUGACGUCGUUGACGUUGCAGGACUGCGGACAGGUUAUGCCAGGUUGUGUGAUAGUAGUAGUGAAAAUGGAAGGCCCCUCCUACCUGUGUAAAACCGAUGAAGUAGGCGAGAUCUGCGUCAAUUCCGGCGCCACUAACGCCCACUACUGGGGCCUGCAGGGUCUCACCAACACCACCUUUAAGGUCCAGCCGCUGACGGCCGACGGCAAGCCGCUCUCCGACGCCGAGUACACGCGCUCGGGCCUGCUCGGCUUCCUCGGCCCCGGCGGACUCGUCUUCGUGUGCGGCAGCAGGGACGGGCUGAUGACGGUGACGGGCAGGAAGCACAACGCCGACGACCUCAUCGCCACCGUGCUGGCGGUGGAGCCGAUGAAGUUCAUCUACCGGGGCAGGAUCGCCGUGUUCGGGGUGCGCGUGUUGCGCGACGAGAGGAUCUGCGUGGUGGCGGAGCAAAGGCCGGACUGCAGCGAAGAGGAGUCCUUUCAAUGGAUGUCGAGAGUCCUACAAGCCGUCGAUUCCAUCCACCAAGUCGGUUUGUACUGCCUGGCCCUGGUGCCGCCAAACUACCUACCGAAAACCCCCUUGGGAGGAAUACAUCUAUCCGAAACGAAGCGGCGCUUCAUGGAGGGCAACCUGCAUCCGGCCAAUGUAUUGAUGUGCCCACACACUUGCGUCACGAACCUGCCCAAGCCGCGAGAAGUGCAUUCAGCAUCGGACUGUGUUUCAGACGUGGGCCCGGCGUCUGUAAUCGUCGGCAAUCUUGUUCAGGGCAAUCGACUUGCCAGCGCGCAAGGUCGAGAAGUCGGUGGGCUGCUUGAUGAAGAAGCCGAUUCCUCUAAAAAGCAACAAUUCAUCGCCGAAAUUCUACGGUGGCGAGCACAAGGCACCUCGGACCACAUCCUCUUCACUCUACUGAACAGCAAAGGUGCCGUUGCCAAAGUCCUCUCCUGCUCGGAGCUCCACAAGAGGGCCGAGCGGAUAGGCAACCUGCUCCUCGAAAAAGGCAAGAUCAACACCGGCGACCACGUGGCCCUGAUCUUCCCGCCCGGCCUCGACCUGAUCUGCGCCUUCUACGGCUGUCUGUACGCAGGCGCGGUGCCGGUCACGAUCCGGCCGCCCCACCCACAGAACCUGCAGACCACGCUGCCCACGGUGCGCAUGAUUGUUGACGUGUCGAAGUCGGUGCUGGUGCUGUCCAUUCAGGCGGUGAUCAAGUUGCUGAGGUCGAAGGAGGCUAGCAAUGUGGUGGACAUCAAGUCGUGGCCGAUGAUCUUGGAUACCGACGAUAUGCCGAAGAAAAAGCUGCCGGUGCCUUACAGGGCGCCGACUGCCGAGAUGCUCGCCUACCUGGACUUCAGCGUCUCCACGACGGGCAUGCUAGCGGGCAUCAAGAUGUCCCAUGCCGCCGUCACGAAUCUGUGCAAGAGCAUGAAGCUGGCCUGCGAGCUGUAUCCCAGCAGGCACAUAGCGUUGUGUCUGGAUCCGUACUGUGGGCUGGGGUUCGCGUUAUGGUGCCUGAGCAGCAUCUACUCCGGCCACCACUCCAUCCUCAUCCCCCCCUCCGAAGUGGAAGCCAACCCCGCCCUCUGGCUGACAGCCGUCGGGCAGUACAAGGUGCGCGACACGUUCUGCUCGUACGGUGUGAUGGAGCUGUGCACGAAAGGUCUGGGCUCGUCCGUCAACCAGUUGCGCGCGCGCGGCGUGAGCCUGGCUUGUGUGCGCACCUGCGUCGUGGUGGCGGAGGAGCGGCCGCGGAUCAGCCUGACGACGGGGUUCUCGAAACUGUUCGGGGCGCUCGGGUUGAGCCCGAGGGCGGUGUCGACGUCGUUCGGGUGCCGGGUGAAUGUGGCCAUUUGCUUGCAGGGCGCCUCCAGUCCCGAGCCGUCCAGCGUGUACGUGGACCUGCGCGCCUUGCGCAACGACCGCGUCAGCCUGGUGGAGCGCGGCAGCCCGCACAGCCUCUGUCUGACGGAGAGCGGCAAGCUGCUGCCCGGCGUCAAGGCGAUCAUCGCGCAUCCCGAGUCGAAGGGCCAGUGCGGCGACUCGCACCUCGGCGAGAUCUGGGUGCAGAGCGGCCAUUCGGCCAGCGGGUACUUCACGAUUUACGGGGACGAGAGCGAGUACGGGGACCAUUUCAAUGCUCGCUUGGUCACAGGCAACACAGGGGAGGUGUACGCGCGCACCGGCUACUUGGGCUUCCUGCGCCGCACCGAGAUGUGCGACAAACAACAGUCCUGCGCCGUGGACGAGACGGCGUCGAGCCGCGACAGCGACACCGAGUCGCUCGGCUCCUCCCACCACUUGGCGCCGACCGCGGUCGAUGCGGCCGAGCUGCACGACGCUGUGUUCGUGGUGGGGGCGCUCGACGAGACGGUCGUGCUGCGCGGCAUGAGGUAUCAUCCCAUCGAUAUCGAGAACAGCGUGUUGAGGUGCCAUAAGAAGAUUGCUGAAUGUGCCGUAUUUACCUGGACCAAUUUACUCGUGGUAGUCGUCGAGCUGGACGGCAACGAGAGCGAAGCCCUCGACCUGGUGCCGCUGGUCACGAACACGGUGCUGGAGGAGCACCACCUGAUCGUAGGGGUAGUCGUUGUGGUUGAUCCCGGGGUGGUGCCGAUCAACUCGCGGGGGGAGAAGCAGCGUAUGCACCUUCGAGACGGCUUCCUGGCCGACCAGCUCGAUCCGAUUUACGUCGCUUAUAACAUGUAAAGUUGUAGAAUUUUCGGAAUUGUACAGCGUCAUUCAUGAUGAGGUUCUGUUCGAACGGUGACUUUGAUGAUUUGUGAAUCCAGGUUUUCAGGUGUGAACGUCUCAACCAAAAUAUUACGCUUUCGUUAUAUCUGCAGAGGACCGAACCCCUUAGUUCAAAUAGAAUACCCUACACUUUAUCCCAGUUUCGAAUGUUUCUUCUAUCAAGGUUUUCUCAGAAUCGCUCGUUUGACGGUAGUCUCAUUGUCGGAAUCCCCAUACCCCCAAGACUACUCAAUACAAGCACGAUUUGUUCAAAGUAUUGUCAUUUCUUGAAUUUCGAUUUGUCCAUUCAGGUUUCUCCUUCCUCAUACAUUUUUGUCUAGUCGGAACACAAAGCUCUCGUGACUUAUCAGUAGGUUAUAGAAUUAAAAAUGGAAUGAAAUAUAUGGUAUUUUAAUUCGAAAUAAGGAAGAACAUCUACCUCCGGUAUAACAGAUGUCGGUAGGAUUCUAAAUGAAAUUUUCAAGCUCAGAAACCCAUAUCCACGGAUUAUCGAACUCAUGUUUUCUUGGUUUUCUAUAUAGAUACUUCUGAUGGAAACUAGUGGUGAAUGGUCCUGAGGAUUUUAUUUCAAUUUGGUAUGCGCGCAUAUCUGCCAUGAAUUCGUGAUUUUGAAGUAUUUUUGGGUAGUCGUUUCUCUUCCUUUGAUGAUAUAAGAGACCGGCAGAUUUUGUGAUGAAACAUUUGUAAUUGUUAUUUCUCAAAAAGUGUCUGCAUCUCUCUAAAUUCAUAAUGAAUCGUCCAAACCUUGGUUAGGCUGUAUGUGCCUACCAUUAUUUCUCGAAAAACCAUCUGUUAUUGGUAGGAAUUUAAAUUUGACAAGGUAUUGAAUUGAAAAUUAGUUUCUUAUUCUGAAAACAAUUUUUUUUUUACACUUUUUACCAUAUAAGUAUCUCAUAAUUAUAAUAAUAUAUUAAAAAGAAGUGUAGGUACCUGUACAUACAUGAUAUAUUUUUGUGUGUCGUAAAACCCGCAAUAUACUGUACAGUUGUAUUAAAAAAUCGUUAGAGAGGAAUUAACGUCAUCCUAUUUGCGUAAAACAGGCUAUCGGGAUUGAUUGUUUACCAAAUGUUGACAGUUGUUGUCAAAAAUACAAUUCAUUGGCUGAGCCAGUUUUACACAACUAGAACGACGUUGACCUCUUUUUUAAUACUUGUACGCUUUUUUAUUGAAUUCUAGCUGUCUGGCCCGGCUUCGCACGGUUGGUGUACCCAUAUAAAAAAUUAAGACAUUUGUUGCAGUCAUUCUGAGCAAUGCGCGUAUCUACAGUACAUAUUUUUUGUUAUUUUUCCCAAAUUUUUUAUCCUUACCUAUAGCUACUAUUAUAUACUUACACCUAUUUUCAUUCUCUUAUCUUUCGUAUUUUUGUUGUUGACGUACCGACAGCAACGCCACCUACCGCGUCCAAUUGUAUUUUUAAAUCAUCCAGGAAACUAUCGAAAUAC